AUGGCAGCUACUCCGUCUAACGCCACGUUCAAAAACAAAGAGAAGCCGCAAGAGGUCCGCAAGGGCAACAUCUUGGCUGCGCGCGCGGUGGCGGAUGCCAUCAGAACCUCGCUCGGCCCGAAGGGCAUGGAUAAGAUGAUCAAGAUGGCGAAUGGCCAGGUGAUUAUCUCCAACGAUGGACACACCAUCUUGAAGCACAUGGCCCUUUUGCACCCGGCAGCCAAGAUGCUUGUGGACGUUUCUGCCGCGCAAGACGUCGAGGCUGGUGACGGGACCACUACGGUGGCGAUCCUUACGGGCGCCUUGUUGGGCGCUGCGGAGAAAUUGUUGAAGAAGGGGAUCCAUCCUACAAUCAUCGCCGAGUCGUUUCAGCGUGCCGCCAGACGUUCCGUCGAGAUCUUGUUAGACAUGUCACACAUGAUUUCGUUGAGUGACCGUGACGCGUUGAUCCGCGCCGCCUCUACGUCUUUGUCUUCUAAGAUCGUGUCGCAACAUUCCGGUUCGUUGGCGCCGUUGGCCGUGGAUUCGGUCUUGAAGGUUGUGAACGAGGAUGCCACCAACGUUGACUUGAACGACAUCCGCUUGAUCAAGAAGGUCGGUGGGACUAUCGACGACACUGAGUUGGUUGACGGCGUGGUUUUGACCCAGAACGUUGUCAAGAACGCCGGCGGCCCCACCAGAGUUGAAAAGGCAAAGAUUGGCUUGAUUCAGUUCCAGUUAUCACCGCCAAAGCCGGACAUGGAGAACAAUGUGGUUGUGAACGAUUACAGACAGAUGGACAAGAUCUUGAAGGAGGAACGUGCCUACUUGUUGAACAUCUGCAAGAAGAUCAAGAAGGCCAAGUGUAAUGUGUUAUUGAUCCAGAAGUCGAUUCUCCGUGACGCUGUCAAUGAUCUUUCGUUGCACUUCUUGUCCAAGUUGAAUAUCCUUGUCAUCAAGGAUAUUGAAAGAGAGGAGAUCGAGUUCAUUGCCAAGUCUACCGGGUGCAAGCCCAUCGCUGAUAUCGACUCCUUCACCGAAGAUCGAUUGGGGACUGCCGACUGCAUCGAAGAGGUUGAAUCCUCUGGCUCCAAGAUUGUCAAGAUUACUGGCAUCCACAAGUCCUCCACCUCCAAGCCGACGGUGUCUGUUGUCGUGCGCGGUGCUAACAACUUGGUAUUGGAUGAGGCUGACCGGUCGUUGCACGAUGCCUUGUGUGUCGUCCGCUGUUUGGUGAAGGAGAAAGCGUUGAUUGCCGGUGGCGGUGCCCCUGAAAUCGAAAUCUCGCGGACCUUGAUGAAAGAGGCGCGUGAGUUGAUUGGUGGGGAGCAGUUCUGCUGGAACGAGUUUGCCGAGGCGUUGGAGGUUAUUCCAACCACGCUUGCGGAGAACGCUGGGUUGAACCCAAUCCAGGUCGUCACUGAGUUGAGAAAGAGACACGAGAUGGGCGAGCGUGAGGCUGGGAUCUCCGUCAGAAGAGCUGGCGCCACCAAUACCUACACUGAGCAUGUCUUGCAGCCGGUCUUGGUCAGUACCAGUGCCAUCACCUUGGCGGCCGAGACCGUCAAGUCUAUCUUGAGAAUCGACGACAUCGCCUUCAGUCGCUAA